AGAGGAACGGAACGCAUUCCUUCUGUGGGCUUGCAUCAUGGAGGCCAGCAGCCAGUCCAGCAGCAAUCAGGUUCUCUAUAAAGAUGUUGAAGGGGUUAAAGAGAAGAGGGCCAAGUAUCGCAUCUACCAGCACAUGGCUCUGAUUCUGGCGUUUGUCUUCCUCUUUUUGGGCCUGUGCAUUUUCAGCUUGGCAUAUCUUUGGAGCCCCACUCUGGGAAAAGUGUACGACCACCAGUACAAAGCGCUUCUAGAUGGCGUCGAGACACACAGCCUAAUGGAGAUCGACCCGAUUCGGCAGAUUGAAAUCUUCCGAAUUGGAAAUGGGAGUCAGGAGGUUCUCGAGGUGCACGACUUUAAACAUGGACUCACUGGGAUCCGCUUUGCCGAACAUCAGAGGUGCUACAUCAGGAGCCAAACCAGGACACUGCCCACAGCGGCAGAGGUGGAGACUGAAGACGGCGACUUAGAGCAGGUCGAUGCCAUGGAUACUAAAAUGGAGGACUCCCAAGUGUGGGUUCCCGCCGAGGAGCCUAUCAUUGACCCGGCGUUCCUCUUGCAGUCGAAGAUCUGGGAAUUCUGCCAGGAGCUGCCCAUCCACUGGAUCCAUCCCUCCCCUUUGAGCGAAUCAGAUUCUGAGCUGCAAGAGGAGGUAGAGCACUUGGACUCCCCUGACACAGAGGUGAAAGGUCAUCGCUCCACCCGUGAUGUGGAGGACCACCCUCCAGUGAACGACUACAGAGCUGUGGGUCUGGAGCUGGACAACCGCCUGGACGAGCGCGGUUACUGCUGCCAGUACUGUCACCGUGGGUACCGCUUCUGCCGCCGCUACCACGUGCCGCUGGGCGGCUUCAACCCGUGGCCGUACUACUACCGAGGAGGCCACGUCAUCUGCCAGGUGGUGAUGCCGUGCAACUGGUGGAUAGCCCGCAUGCUGGGCAGGGUCUGAGAGGGCCGGGCUGGGGGAACGUUGUUGUCCGCGUUGAAUUGUUGCUUCGAUGCAUCUUUCACCACUCAUGAGAUGAAAGUGGACCGACGGCCGUUAAUUAUUUCCCGAGCCGAAUGUUGGCUGGAGGCGUGCUCGUCACACUAAAUAGGCCCUGGGGCAUUUUGGAGGCUUUCUUAAAAGGCAGCCGUCAUUUAUCAUUUCCUUUGCUUUUUGUUUUCUGUCAUCCUGUGUAUAAUGCAUGCUAGCAUGUUUGGACGAUGUCAAAUAUUUGAGAUAAAAAUCAGUUUUGUUUUUUUUACUAUUACUGUUAUGUAUUAAUAUUUACUCAGAGUAUAACAGUAGUUUAUGUUGAGAUUUUUAAUAUACUAUUUAGUGUCAUAUUUUGGGCAAGUU